AAUGUAUGUUUGUAAGUCACGAGAUCGGUAAAUGGCCCGAUCGAGCACUUGAUAUGGGUUGGAAGGAAAAGAAAGGGAACACGAAGCUGUUGGUGGGCGAGUGGGAGAAGCUGUAGGGUUCGACGUCUUCGUACCUCGGAAUUGGUUAAUCUCUGAUGUUUUGUUUUGACAAAAGCGACAUCCGUUUGUUGACAAAGGAACUAAGAGUCUUUAAAUGCGUAUCUAAGUAUUUACAUUUUGAAAAAAAAAACAAAACAUCGUAUUCAUUUAAAAAAGUCUUCUACGAGGAGGAAGUAGAAUGGAUCUGUUCAGAUUUCAAAAGGUGACAUUCGGCUGACAGGAAAAAAAAGAUUAAAUUCAUGGAACGUUACCGUUUGCUCAAUUAACUUAGGGGGUAGGGCAGGGUACGAAUGUGACAUCAGGCUACGACGAAAGAGGUCACCGAUAAAGUAGACAUUGCACAUUCGGCAAGAUAAAUGAUUUACCAAAACAAUUUGAAUUGCACUGAAAUCGAUUAACUCCGGAGAGAUUGGAGCAAGAGAAAAGAAAACAAAAAUGCACAGUAAAAAUCGGCGAGAUCAGCAUGAAAAUCGCGUGGCAAAAUAGCAGUCAUAUGAGCUCUCAAUUUACUGAAGACCGCAACUUACAAAACCGGUUUGACUUAUUUUUUUUUCAUCCGUAAAUUACAUACGGAGGAGAGAAAACUGUGUGAGACGAUAAUCAGCUACCCCCAGGAGUCUCUAUACCGCCUUCCUUAGAAACGCCAAGAAUUUGAAGCACAGGUUGUUCUGCACCUGGUGGAGCUUCUGUUUUUUGCAACUCUUGUUUCCAACAUCUGUCUCCACGUAACCUGCUCAGGUCCACUUGACUUUUGCCCAUAUGCUUCAUAAGAUAACAUUUACUAGGAGUUAUUUUUUUAACGACAGCAGUGAUUUUGGGAAACAGUGAGGUUGUGCUUUUUGGCAGUGAAGCUCAGUGAGGAGGCGUGUUUGAAACCUGAUUGGGAUUUCUAUAUGAUUCUGCCACUCCGUGCAUGUGACAGGAAAACGUUUGCUUCCUGUGUUUGCUGGUUAGUGUAAUGGUGCAAUUUACUCUGCGUGUCCUUUCUGGAGGAACUUUUUACACCGUUCAGAAGUAUUAAAAUAACGUUAUUGUGCAGAUGUCAAUGUUUUUAUGUACUUAGUGUUUAAAAAGAUAAAGAUGAAACUGAGCAGACAAUUCACACUAUUUGGAAGUGCCAUAUUCUGCGUGGUGAUAUUUUCCUUGUACUUAAUGCUCGACCAUGUUCAGUUCGAUCACCCAAAGAACAUGAAGAAAGGAGGGCUAUUUCCAAAUGCACAGCUUUCAAUUCUGCAUGAAAAGAUUGACCACCUAGAACGUCUAUUAGCUGAAAACAAUGAAAUCAUUUCAAACAUCAGGGACUCUGUUAUUAAUUUAAGUGAAUCUGUGAAAGAUAACCAAGGGGACCAUGAAACUUCAAAUUCAAGUAAGGGAUUUUUCUCUGAAGUCUUUGGAUCUUCCUCUUCCAUUACUUCAAUUGAUGCAGAGGAUUGUCAGUUUGCCCUGAAGGGCUAUGCAAAAGAGUCAAAUUUGCAAAUGUUGGAUAUCUACAACAUUUUACCUUUUGACAAUCCUGAUGGUGGAGUUUGGAAACAGGGCUUUGAUAUCACUUACAAUGAAAAUGAAUGGGAUGAUGAGCAACUGCAAGUCUUUGUUGUACCCCAUUCACACAAUGAUCCUGGUUGGCUGAAAACAUUUGAUGAAUACUACAGAGAUCAGACCCAGCACAUCCUGAACAACAUGGUGGUGAAGUUACAAGAGGAUGAUCGCAGGAAAUUCAUUUGGUCUGAGAUUUCAUACUUUUCAAAGUGGUGGAGCACUAUAGAUGGCCAGAAGAAAGAUGCUGUCAAAAGACUUUGUGAACUAGGCCAGUUUGAAAUAACAACGGGUGGCUGGGUCAUGACUGAUGAGGCCAACACACACAUUUAUGCAAUGAUUGACCAGUUGCUUGAAGGACACCAGUGGCUGGAGAGAAAUUUAGGAAUAAAGCCUAGAUCAGGUUGGGCCAUUGAUCCAUUUGGGCACACACCUACUAUGGCAUACCUGUUAAAACGAACAGGUAUUUCAAAUAUGUUAAUUCAAAGAGUCCACUAUUCUGUGAAGAAGUACUUGGCUAAACAAAGGAACUUGGAAUUCUUUUGGAGACAGAAUUGGGAUCAGAAUGGAAACACGGACAUCUUGUGUCAAAUGAUGCCCUUUUACAGCUAUGAUAUUCCUCAUACAUGUGGCCCUGAUCCUAAAAUAUGCUGUCAAUUUGACUUCAAACGUCUACCUGGAGGCCGAAUUAGUUGUCCUUGGAGGAUACCUCCAGUUGAAAUACAUGAUGGCAAUGUUCAAGAAAGAGCCAAACUCAUCUUAGACCAGUAUAGAAAAAAGUCCAAACUUUAUCGCACCAAAGUGGUCUUGAUUCCCCUGGGAGAUGAUUUUCGUUAUGACCAGUGGUCAGAAUGGGAUCAACAGUUUCAAAAUUAUCAGAGGCUUUUUGAUUAUAUGAACUCCCAUCCAGAGCUGCAUGUGCAGGCCCAGUUUGGAACAUUGUCAGAUUAUUUUGAUGCUCUCCAUAAAACAACUGAAUCAGGAAAUUCACCAUCACCGUUUCCUGUCUUGAGUGGGGACUUCUUUACCUAUGCAGACAGAGAUGACCAUUACUGGAGUGGAUAUUUUACCUCCCGACCUUUCUAUAAGCGAAUGGACAGAGUUUUAGAAUCACACCUGAGGGCAGCAGAAAUUCUUUACUCUUUAGCAUUAGUGGGUGCUCAGCAAUCCAAUAAAAUGGCAAUGUUCCCUUCAUCUGAAGAUUAUAAACUGCUCAUAGAAGCAAGACGAAAUCUUGGCCUGUUCCAACAUCAUGAUGCAAUUACUGGAACCGCUAAGGAGUGGGUCGUCAUGGACUAUGGGACCAGACUAUUUCACUCACUAUUGAACUUGAAAAAAGUAAUAGGUGACUCAGCACAUUUUCUAAUUUUAAAAAACAAAGAAAGUUACAAGCACAACCCUUCAAUGCCUUUUCUUCAAAUGGAUGAUAAUCAAGCCUCACAAGACUCAUUACCUCAAAGAACAACCAUUGAAUUAAGCCUAACACCCAGGUUCCUUGUGCUCUAUAACCCAACAGACCAGGAUCGCAUCUCUGUUGUAACAGUACAAGUAAAUUCACACAAAGUAAGAGUGCUGACUGCUUCAGGGCAGCCAGUGGAAGCCCAAAUCAGUGCAGUAUGGGAUGGACCCACCACAGUUUCUAAAAACCUUUUCCAGAUUUCCUUUGUGGCACAUGUACCAGCACUAGGAUUGGGGCUCUACCAGUUAGUGAAGGCUUCAGACAUCAAACCUGUGCUCACUGAUUAUGCUGUGUACCAGAGUGGAAGGGAAGAAAUAAGCAUAGACAGUCCUUUCAAGAUUGACACACUGAAAAGCUACACUGGUGACAUCACUAUUGAAAAUCUAAAUUUGAAGGCUUGGUUUUCAGGAACUGAAGGUUUUUUGGAGAAAAUAAACACCAAGGAGGAUAAGAGAGAACAUCAGAUAAAUAUUCAAUUUUGGUGGUAUGGAACCACAAGUAACCGGGAUAAAAGUGGUGCCUACCUCUUCUUGCCUAAUGGAGAAGCUAAGCUGUAUGUUCCUUCAGAACCUCCUAUCUUGAGAAUAACUCGUGGCCCACUUUUCUCAGAGGUGGUAUGUAUCUACCAACACUUCACGCAUUCAGUACGGCUCAGUAAUGUGCAUGGGAUUGAUGGACUGUCAUUGGAAAUCUCUAAUAUUGUCGAUAUUAGGGGUGAAAUAAAUCAAGAAAUUGUCAUGAGGCUGACCACAGAUGUCAAAAGCAACAAUCAAUUCUACACUGACCUGAAUGACUUCCAGAUACAGCCAAGGCAAACUUUAAGCAAAUUGCCUCUUCAAGCUAACUUUUAUCCUCUGACGACAACAGCAUAUAUUCAGGACAAUGAUGUUCGUUUGACCCUGCACUCAGCUCAGUCUUUGGGAGUCGCUAGUCUAAAGAGUGGCCAGCUGGAAGUUAUAUUGGAUCGCAGACUGAUGCAAGACGAUAACCGUGGACUUGGCCAAGGUCUCAAGGACAAUAAAAUUACAGCCAAUUUGUUCAGAGUUUUGUUGGAGAAACGAAUUGGAGUUGAUGUGCAUGAUGGAAGUAAUAAGGCAGUGAAUUAUCGUUCCUUGUUGAGCCACAAAAUAUGUUCCUAUCUGAAUCAUCCAAUUUUUCCAAUGGUUGUGAACCUGAACGUUGAUGAAGUUCCUCCACUACUGAACCUAUACAGCCCCCUUAUGUCAUCCAUGCCAUGUGACAUGCAUAUACUUAACCUGAGAACUAUAGAAGGAAAGGUCGAUGGGACUCCAUCAGUUGAAGCAGCCUUGAUCAUCCACAGAAAGGGUUUUGAUUGUCGAUUUUCAAACCAAAAUACUGGGCUAUUUUGUUCCACCACUCGGGGCAAGAUUCCUGUGCACAAUCUCUUCAGAGACGUAAGAAUUCAACAUCUAACACCAUCAACCUUGACUUUGAUGCAUGAAACACAAAAUCACAAUAAUACUAGAGACAUAGAACUGAAUCCAAUGGAGAUAAGUACAUUCAGAAUUCAAUUAAGAUGAUCCUGUAACCUACUGACGUUCUCUAAAGAGCUGUUUGAAGAUCAUAUUGUACAUGUUGAGUUGCAAUAACUGCAAGAACAUAAAAAGAAACUUAUGCCCAACGUGGAAAACAUAUUUUCAUUUAAUUUUGUGAAAAAUUUACGAAGUUCUAAAAGGUUAAAAAUAUUUCAAUUAACAAUAAAAAUAAAGUGACAACAAACUGCUUCCUUACAAUAAUGUAAUUCCAGGUUUAAUUUAUCUGCCACACUGCCUAACUUAAAAUACUGUUAGUCUUUCAAUGAAUUGAUGAACAGUGUUGAGAGACUGGACUGAAGGUGUAAACUUCAUUCAGUUAAACUUUACAUUAAUAAGGGCAGUUGAUUCCUUGUUAUGUUUAAUGACUAAUCCCCAACAUUAAGUUAUGGUUAUGUCCAAAAGUGUAUUACAUUCUUACAUGUGAGAUAUUGGAUUUGUUGAGAAAGUGAAAUCUCAUAAGCAUAAAAUCUGAAAUUCUGUGAUUUAUGAGAUCGUGAAUAAAAGCCAAUAUAAUGCCUGAAA